AUGUUUUGCAAUCUCUGGAUGCUCUGCCUUUGUCUCUGCUUCUACUUGACUGAAGCUCGUAUAUGGGCCUGGAUGCUCAACAUGCCUCACAGCCCUCCCAAAGAAGGAGCCAAGGCACAUAGAGAAAGCGCCUCUAUAACCAAAGCAACCACGGCUGUGUGCGACCAUGACAGGGCCUGUGGACGGGGGUUCUCCUGUGAUCGACACUUUGGUCUAUGUGUCCCUCUGCGAGCGGAGGGCCACUACUGUCGGAGGGACGCUCAGUGUGUCCGCGGACUCAGCUGCAUGUUUGGGAAGUGCCAUCGCAGCAUCCCCAACGGACAAGAGGGAGCCAGAUGUAAAGUGGACAGAGACUGUGGGGCAUCCAUGUGCUGCGCCCGUCACCACGGCGAGCAGGUGUGCAAGAGACGUUUGAUCGGCGGUGAGAGCUGCUAUGUUCCCGAUGGUGGACUGGCAUUCAGCAUAAACCAGAUUUGUCCGUGUGACGAGGGGCUACUGUGUCGAGAAAACGGGGCAUCACACCGGAGAGAGUAA